ACUUCUAUUUCCAUCCCCACUUCCCUUAUCUCCCGCGCUCCUCUUCCUCCACUCCCCAUGGCUGCCGUUGGCGUCACCUUCCCGGCGGCGCCGGCCAUCGUAUCCGCCGCCGUAUGUUCCUCGUCCACGCGCCGCCGAGUCCAUCUUGUCCCUACCCGAUUCUUCGCAGCAGCGUCGUUCAGCGGGCGAUGUGCCGCUACGGCCGACGGCGGGGCCGCGGCCUCGGAGGACCUGGCUGCGGCAGCGGAUGGGUAUCCCGAUGCUGGAACUGACGUCGCCGGCGGCGCUGCCACUUCCACGCGGCCUCCCUACUCGCUCAUCUCCGCCGCCAACGUGCAGAAGGCGAUGCGCGGCCUUGCAAUUACAGAUGCUGAUCACUAUGGGAGGCUUGGAAUUACCAGAUUAGCGUCAACCGGUGAGGUCAAAGCUGCAUAUGAGAAAAGGUGUGAACAACUAAACAAGCAAGGACUGGAAGAAGAGGAAAUCAGCAAGGAACAUGACCUAUUAAAGGAAUCUUUUACCAUAUUAUCAACCGAGGAAGAGAGAAGAUUAUAUGAUUGGAGUUUGGCGAGAAAUGGGCAGCCUGAGCGAUAUGUUUGGCCUUUUGAAGUUGACCCCAUGGAGUUGGCACCAGAUCCUCCUAAGGAACCGGAAGAUGAGUUUCCUACAAAGCUUGUCGGCUACUUCUUGUUGACAUGGUUCAUAAUUUCUGUAGCCUGCUCGCUGAUUCUCAACAGAUCAUGAAGUUCCAUAAACGAAGAUGAAUCAUAGCUCAACAGUGUUUUUCUAAAUUAGUCGAAGUACAUAACUGCACAGUUUGUACAGAUAAACUAUAUGAAUCUUUAAUUAAUUAUUCACAUGGGCUA